GUAAGUUUAAUACAGGCAACGGUCAGAGCUGGGACGUGAAUAUGAGGUUGCCCUUUUGCUAACAUGCAGUAGUAUUCAGUAGAAUAUUCAGCAGCAGCGCAACUGUCAAGGUGGGCUCAGAGAGGGAGAUGAAAACCUCCUGCAACUGUCUGCUGUGUUUUAUUCUCUCCAUCUCUUUGUGUGGAUCUUAUGCAUUUCCACUCUUAAAGCUUGGAAGCAAGAGGUGUUAUCUCUGGCACUGAGCUCAGCAUUAAAAGGAAAUUGCAAGACUCUAAAUCUGCCUGUCAGCCUCUGAUGAGCCUCUGAUUAAUAGAUAAAGCGAGAGGAGAACACCCGGAUGAAUCAAGGAAAAACUUGCAGAGGGAAAUCCGUACAAGCCCUGCUUUUUUUGGACUCUGGUUUGUAGAAGAUUUUGAUUCUUUUUUCAUUUUCUGCAUUGUACUGGAACUGCGUUUUAUGUGUCUGAAGUCUGCAGUGAUUGCAGAUUUGUUUGUCACACUAGCUGAGGCAGAAAUGCUCUAAUGUUGUGCUUGGAUUUGGACUUCCUGAGAGAGGAUUUUGUUUUCACCUGAUCAGCGGUCCUCCUGUGUUUAAAUACUGUCCUCCUGUUUUUUUAUUGAACAUUGUGAGUUGGUCCGUCACUUUAGACUUUAGAGACAGUGAUUUCUACCAGAGACACAAUUUUUGAGGCUAGAUUCGGAGUAAUUGCGUCCUACAGACUGAACAGUCUCACUCUCUUCAGUGGAUCCUCAGGCUUUCCACCUUUGGGACUAUCUGCCGUUGGGACAGACGGUCAAAAUCCAGGAUGCAGGUGUCAUUAGUGUGCACGGACCAUCGCGGAGGGGUGAGCCGCAAUACGGAGGACCGGCUAAACCGACAGAACGCCAAUAGCCCCAACACAGGCACCCGCAGCAAGUUCAGAGCAGUGGCAAUGGUGGCUCGCAGUCUUGGACAACUCUCUGUUCAGAGUGUUCCUUCCUCCAGCGAGCAAAGCAUGAAGACUGGCAUGAAAUAUAGAAACCUUGGAAAGUCGGGCCUGCGGGUGUCCUGCCUUGGAUUAGGAACAUGGGUGACAUUCGGUGGACAGAUAACGGAUGAGAUGGCAGAGCAGCUGAUGACUCUGGCUUAUGAAAAUGGCAUCAAUCUGUUUGACACAGCAGAGGUCUAUGCUGCUGGGAAGGCAGAGGUGGUGCUCGGCAACAUCAUAAAGAAGAAAGGGUGGAGACGUUCAAGUCUGGUGAUAACAACAAAGAUCUUCUGGGGUGGAAAAGCGGAGACUGAAAGGGGUUUAUCCCGAAAACACAUUAUAGAAGGUUUAAAGGCCUCUCUAGAAAGACUGCAGUUAGACUAUGUGGAUGUGGUUUUUGCGAACAGACCGGACCCUAAUACACCUAUGGAAGAAACGGUUCGAGCAAUGACCCAUGUGAUCAAUCAAGGCAUGGCCAUGUACUGGGGAACAUCCCGCUGGAGCCCAAUGGAGAUUAUGGAAGCGUACUCUGUGGCGCGACAGUUCAACCAGAUUCCUCCCAUCUGUGAGCAGGCUGAGUAUCACAUGUUCCAGAGAGAGAAGGUGGAGGUGCAGCUACCUGAGCUCUUCCAUAAGAUAGGUGUGGGGGCCAUGACAUGGUCACCACUGGCCUGUGGGAUCAUCUCAGGGAAAUAUGACGGCAGGGUGCCUCCCUACUCUCGGGCCUCUCUGAAGGGUUACCAGUGGUUGAAGGACAAGAUCUUGAGUGAGGAGGGCCGGCGUCAGCAGGCGAAGUUGAAAGAGCUGCAGGCAAUCGCGGAGCGGCUGGGCUGCACUCUGCCCCAACUCGCCAUCGCGUGGUGCCUACGGAACGAGGGGGUGAGCUCUGUCCUUUUAGGGGCGUCCAACACUGACCAGCUGAUGGAAAACAUAGGAGCGAUACAGGUUCUUCCAAAGUUGUCGUCCUCCAUCACACACGAGGUGGACAGCAUCCUGGGGAACAAGCCGUACAGUAAAAAGGACUACCGCUCUUAACGUGCAGCACGGCCCCGCCCGGCAGGGCUGCACCCGGCCUGCAGCCGCAGUGCCCCACCUUUGCCUGAUCCUCUGUUUGCUUGAGCUUUUACUGAGUGAGACCCUGGCGCAUGAGUCUGGCCACACCAAGGCCACCCAGGGCACCUCAUUUAGAGUUACAGGGAUAAGAUAAGAAAAGGGGGAAAAAAUACAGUCACCUCCACAGGAAAGGAAGGGAUUGACAAAGAAAGACAAAAGUGGAAGAGGGAUAUGCGCUCAUACUUAAAUCAGUUAUACAUUCAAUUCAGCUGAACGUAUUUUAAAACCAUAGAGAAAAAUACCUUUUUAAAAAAAAAAGAAAAAAAAAAGCACACGCUUGCUUGGCAGCCAGAAUUCUUUUUUUUCUGCUUUUUUCUAAAACUGAAUGCAACUAAAAGGAAGAUGAAGUUCAUACUGUAUGAAUAUACGAGAACUACCCUGUUGCACAUGUACCAUAGCCAUGCAUUUGUUCCUCAAACGUUCUGUUUACAAACACCUGUGUACUGUACGAGUCCGUCACGGUUUCUCUGAAUUUGUUUGUGUUGUCGACAUCAUCAGUGUACAAGCCUAUCGUGGGCUUUAACAAUCAGCACUUUAGUAUUGUUAUAAGGAAGGGAGAGGAUGGGUUGUACAAUAGUCUUAUCUCACAGCCAUUGCACUAUUAGAAUCGCAUAGCCUCCUGAUAAUUCCCUCUCCUCAUCCUCCCACUGUGUCUUUACUGGCAGUGCAAUUGUCCAGCCUGAUGCUCUGACACUCCUGCUGUCAAAGCGUGGCGGUGAAGUCCUGUGUUCGCCAGGGCCGAGAGGACGAGGGGCAACGACCGCCCUCUGCCUGGGAGCCUCCUCCUCCGUCCUUGACCAGUGAACAGUCCGUGAUGACAAGCCAGGAGCGUGGGCCGAUGUCUGGGCAACUGCCACUGAAGAGAUUAGCUAUUUAUUCAUCCCAAACGGUAGAAGCUGCUGCUGUAUUAAAUCAAACGCAGUGUCCUGCUUCACCGUGUUACCCAGCCUCUGUUCUGUUUUUUUUCAGACUGAGGAUUUAUUGUAUAGGAAGUGGUCAUAUCAGUGCUGGCACCACAUCUCAUGGAAACUUCUCCUUGAUCAAAUUCUGUUCAAGUAUUUUUGCCUUAUUUACAGUUGCAUCAGACUGUGCUGUGGGCUUUGGCGUAGACAAACAGCUCGACAGCUGCCCCCUUGGCCGACUGGUCUCAUGUACCCAGUAUAUGCGGGAACAAUGACUGGUGGAUGUGGCGUUUGUUGCGAGGAAGAGUUGGUGUUUCCAGUUAAUCAGUGAGUGGCAGCAGCUCAGGGAAUGGAGCAGGUGGUUUUAGUUGUGUGUUGGCGUGCACGUGGUCGGGAGGUUGUAUUUACUCUUUGUCUGUCUUUCUUUCAUGUGUGGACACUGGGGAGGACCAGUGAUGUUUUAGCGUGGCUUGAGCCAAAGAUCUUCUUCUUCUUCUCUCUUUGACGACACACCUGAGUGUUUCACUCUCACUUCCUGCAAGAUUAUAGAACUCAUCUUGACGCAUGUGCUGUCCAGCUUGUUAUCUAUGGUACAGACUUUACUCCAUAUAUAUCUUUACUUGACCAUGCUGUUAUAUUAGUUAACAAAUGUCCUUCAUAUACAGAAUGCAUAGUACAGCUAAAUAUUUUAGGAUCAUAAGGUUCGUUUCAAGCGCCAUACGACUUGAGACGUGUCAGAAGUAUUAUUGCAGAAUUUGGCACCACCCUAUAUCAUUCUUUCUCCUUUGGGUGCUCUCUUACUGUGAUUAAAGCACAAGUGGAUAGCAUGUUAUACAUCCUCAAAGCAUGGACUCUCGUCACCCAGCCUACAGUACCUACAGGAGAAGCAAUGACAUGCUACUCCCCUUACUAACACGUGUAGAUAACAGUCUUUACUAACAGCUGAAACUACUGAUUCUUAGCAGAAAAAAAUAUAAGUACAAGUAAAGAAAACUGUCACAUUAGUGCGAAUGAUGAUAUGAAUGAGAUGUAGGUGUUUCUCAGUUUAAGUGGAAGGGAAUAAUCAAAGUGAGUGUCGUUGUGUGGAUUUGUGCGGAUGAGGUUUAGUCAGCUCCUCUGUGAUUUUUAACAACAGUAAAGUGAUUUCAUGUCUCUGCUGUUGAUCUUGUGGGGGGGUGGUGGGGGGACAACCAAACUAAUCCCUUGCUUUAGCCUGUUGCGUUAGUUGAUCCCUGUAUACGUUUGAUUUGCUGUGUCUUGUAUGUCUGAGUGAAUCAAACUGGCGCAAGCUGAUGCUGUUUUCUGAGAAGAAGAAAAAAAAACAAGAAAAGCAAAGAAUAUUUAUUUCAUUAGUCUGUGGAGUUCUGUGUCUUAAUAUUUUCAUCCGCCGAGAGUGGAGAGGAAGUUUGAGACUUAAAAGGCAAAGUUUGGGAAAUACAUGUAUUUGCGUUCUUGCCGAGAGUUAAAUGAGAAGACUGAUACCACUCCCAUGUCGGUCUGCUUGAUAUGAAGCUACAGCCAGCAGCUGGCUAUCUUAGCUUAGCAUAAAGACUGGAAACAGGGAAACAUCUAGCUUAACUCUGUCCAAAGGUAACAGAAUCUACCAGGUGGAGCAAUUGUCACCUUGUACUUAGCUUGUUAGCAUUAAGGUGUGAGUGAUACCAGAGAAUUUGGUUUCAAUCCAAUUCCAAGUAAAACCAGGAGCACCCACACUUUCUGUUACUAGCAGGUAAUGUGUUGUCUUUGUACCAUUCUUUGUAGGGUAGAGCCCUGUUGUUACAUUUAGAUUUGAACAUGACACAGUUGUUAAUCGUAAAUAAGAAAUGUUCAUUAUGUGAAUUCUCUGAACUAAAGGUGAUUCCUGCGCACAUGAACAUGGCCGCAGGAGAGAUUUAAAUGUUGCAGCAGUAAGUGUUCAUGUGCCCAGGAUGUGAUCUAUCCUGGAUCAAGUUGUUUUUUUUUGUUUUUUUUUGUAUCGAUUCUAUUGACGCUAGUAUCGAUACAAAAACAAGUCAUUGUAUCGGUAGGAUCGAUCCGACCACCUCUAGCUGGUAUUAGUUGUCUCGUCCACCCUGACCAUGUUUGACAAUGUUUUGAGUUAUUUAAAAUGUCACAACGGACAUGUCUCAGAAGAAAAUUAUUCUUGAAAAUGACAUUAUGAGGAUUGUUUUCUUUUCAUGCCUGCAAUAGACAUUCAGAAAUUAGAUUAAUUACAAAAGGAAUUGUUAGCGGUUUUAAAAUGAGGUUCAUUUUUAGUUGCAUUUGCAUGAAUAUUCAUGGUUAGAGUGCUGUAUUUUGGAAAAAGGAGGCUGUUCGGUUCUCUCUUAAUUGCCCCCGUCAAUGGUGUUUUUACACUGGAUUUUGUUCAGGUUAAACCAGAGAUAUGUGCUAAUUGACCAGGCUAGCUGUUUCCCUCUGUGGCCAGUCUUUGUGCUCAGUUAGCUGUUGGAUGUAGCUUCAUAUUGAACAGACAGAGAAGAUUGAUACUACUCUUUUCUAACUCUCAGCCAGAAAGCACAUAAGCACAUUUCCCAAACUUUUCUUUUCAAUGAUAUCUCUGUGCAUGUUGUGUGACCAUCAGUGUUAUUCCACACUGUGCUGACCUGCCCAGCAAAGAUUUUGUGCUUUUACAGGUUAAUGCCCAAUGUAGAAAUAACUCUUAAUGUUUUGAGGCUGGAGUGCAGUUAGAGAAGUUUGUGCUUUAAGUGGUCCUAGUUUCAUCAUAUUUGCUGUUCUAACAUAUUGACUAGUUCAGAAAUGAAACCAGACCCACAGAUCGGUAGAGCUUAUUUUACAGAAGGUUCUAGGUUAUACAGAGAAUAUAUUUUUUAUGUUUUAGCCUUUAAUGCAGUAGAGAAAAUCUAAAGAACUGUUUUUAUUUUAUUUUUCAUCAUGCUGCAUUUUUCCUAUCUGUAUUGUAUCAGUUUAAAGACUGACAAAAAGAAGCAAUUUCUUUGUGUUGUGUAUGCGUUAUGAGGAAUGCUCUGAAGUGAAUGCAAUGGUGGACUGAAUUCACUCUGAAGACGACAUAGUGAGCGCCUGGUAUCUCCUGUACAUAGUUUGACCUUUGUAUAUAUUUCUGGUUGUGAUCACCUCUGCCUUUUCUCUUUUCUUUUUUAAUUUUCUUUUGCAGGCGUUGCUAUCUGCACUGUGCUUGAAUCUGAAAUUUAGACAGGAUGUACAGCUUCGAUCUUCAAUGAAAAUGAAAUAAUGAUAAAAUAAGAAUGGUAAACAAAC